AAUGCCCCCUGUGCCCGAAUCGCAAACCACUCAAUUCUCUAUUUCAUGCCGACAGAUCGCGUGCCGCCCCCGGGGGCCGGUCGCGGCCCAAAAGUCCGCCGAUCUCACUUUGGGGUCCCCAACGGCCUUUGGCUACCGAUUUACACGGGAUAGAAUGCGAGGCAGGUCAUCUAGACCCUGGCUCAGAUCAGAAAUUCUUUAGGGCCAUUGAGCCAUGAGUGCCGAGGUGGUAAAGAAAAAAGAAGCUGAGGCUAAUGUGAAGCUGGAAGGCCAAGAUGGGGAGACCAUCACUGACAUCCAAAAUUAUUUGGAAACCUUUAACAAGGAAAUACAAGAUGGCACUCAAGUCAAUGCUCAGGCUGCGACAGAGGGAGGCUUUUUCAUUGACCAGUCAGGAAAUAGCCACUACUUUUACACAUCAGCCAAUGGGGAACAACAGCAAGUUAUGACUGUCGUUGCUGCUGACGGAGAGGAUGGUCAAGGUGAGAGCAUUGCCAUAUCCAUUCCCGCCUCAAUUGAGGAGGGAGGGGAAGCUAAUUCUGGAGAGGCCACAUACAUCACAAUGCCAAGGGCUGAUGGCCAGGAUGGCACCAUUGCCAUGGAGACUACAGAAGAUGUCAUAUUGAAUGCUGGUGACGGAUACCAAACAGUCACAAUUGUACCAAGUGAAACAGGAUCUGGGGAGGUCAGUUAUGUGCUUAUUGUGCAACAACCGGAGGAUGGAAAGGACAAGGACAGCGAAGAUGCUGAUUUAAGUAACGUCUAUGAUUUUGAUGAGGGUGAAGAAGGAGCCCCUGCUGAAUCGGGAGAGGAUGAGGACAAGACCAAGAUCAUCAAAAUCGUGCCAAAGAAGAGUCAAACAGUGACCCAAGCACACAUGUGCAACUACUGUAAUUACACCAGUCCGAAGCGCUAUCUGCUUUCGAGACACAUGAAGUCUCACUCUGAGGAGCGGCCUCACAAGUGCAGUGUCUGCGAAAGAGGUUUCAAGACUCUGGCCUCAUUGCAGAAUCAUGUGAACACUCACACCGGCACCAAACCACACCGGUGCAAGUUUUGUGACAGUGCCUUCACCACCUCAGGUGAAUUGGUUAGACACGUCAGGUACAAGCACACACAUGAGAAGCCUCACCACUGCACUGAGUGCGACUACUCCAGUGUGGAGCUUAGCAAGCUGAAGCGUCACAUGAGGUGCCACACUGGAGAGCGACCGUAUCAGUGUCCACACUGUACAUACGCCAGUCCAGACACCUUCAAGCUGAAACGCCACUUGCGAAUCCACACUGGAGAAAAGCCAUACGAGUGUGACGUGUGCCACGCCCGCUUCACCCAGAGCAACAGCCUUAAGGCACACAGACUCAUUCACACGGCUGGAGACAAGCCCGUGUUUCAGUGCGAGUUGUGUCCAACCACUUGCGGUCGCAAAACCGACCUCAGGAUUCACGUCCAAAAGCUGCACACUUCUGACAAGCCUCUGAAGUGCAAGCGCUGCGGAAAGUCUUACCCUGAUAGAUACACCUUCAAGGUUCACAACAAAACCCAUGAAGGGGAGAAGUGCUUUAAGUGCGACUUGUGUCCGUACGCCUCUAUUUCUCAAAGACAUCUGGAGUCUCACAUGCUUAUACACACUGACCAAAAGCCCUACCAGUGUGACCAAUGCGAUCAGGCCUUCCGCCAGAAGCAGUUGCUAAAACGCCACCAGAAUUUGUACCACAACCCCAACUAUGUACCGCCAACUCCCAAAGAGAAGACCCACGAGUGUCCGGAGUGUGGCCGUGCAUUCAGGCACAAAGGGAACCUUAUCAGACAUAUGGCCGUCCACGACCCUGAGUCCUCCGCACAGGAGAAGGCACUCGCUCUCAAGUUGGGUAGACAAAAGAAAAUCCAGAUUAUCGAUGGACAGCAAGUCGAGGUCAUGCCCACUGAAAGUGAUGAGGAAGAGGAGGACGAAGAUGAGGAGGAUGAGGAUGGAGAUGUCAUGGCUGUCGAGGGACAGGACGGCCAGCAAUAUGUUGUACUUGAAGUCAUCCAGUUGCAAGAUGGAAGCGACGCAAUGGCAGUAGUCGAUGAAAACAUUGUUGUCUCUGGACCAGAGGCCACAGAAACUCUCACAACUUCAAUUGAAGGCACCUCUGAUGGCUCUGCAGGAGAGCCGAGAAUUAUUCAGACACUGAAAACAAGAAAGUUGACGAAGAGGGAUGCCCAAGCCAUCAAGAAAAAGCUAGAAACCCAGAAAGACAUGGAAAACUGCUUUGGAUUUGAUGACGAUGACGAGGAUGAAGAAGAAGAGUCAACAGGCGAUUUGGAGUCCAAAGAGUCUUUGAAACUUUUAGAAACCAUCAAUGAGUAAAAUCACAGAGACAUUUUAUUGUGUAUAUCUUUGGAUUAUUGCCUAGUGUUAGUUGUAAGCGAUCUCUUUUGUAAAAAGUCUUCACAAGGAUGAUUUGGUGUGAUCACACAUGAUAUGAGUUUUUGUCUUAUUCUGCAUUAUUGCUUUUAAACCACAAAUCAAUCACCUGUAAAUGUACACUUCAGAUGUCUGAAUAAAUUUUAUUCAACCAAA